GUUGAGUGCAGCAGUGUGCAAUAGUGGCUUUAUUGUUGUCAUUAUAUGUCUAAGUCAACGUCGAGUGAUCGGUGUAAUCUGUGGGUGUUAUAAUUCAGUGACCAUUUUUUAAUAAAUCUGUCUGGGUCUGCUCGUAAUGGCAUUGCAGCAUACACCACCUGGAAGAUUUGCUUCGGAUACGGAUAUACCUGCGUCGCUUCAUGAGAAGGAUGUUUUUCCCAACUUCCGUAAGCGUAGGCAGCCUCAUCACGACAUAAUAGAUUUUGAAGAUAAAUUUAAUAGUCAAUUAUCCAUGUGGGAUCGAAAGAUAACAGACUGUGUGAGUAAGGCUGUUUGUUCGUCGGUUUCUUGCGAGAUGGCGUCAAUCUCAUCUAAACUCAUUGAGAUAAAUUCCAACAUCGUCGAACUUAAAACAGACAACAUUAAUAUUCGUAAAUCGGUGGAUGAAACCAAUCAGCGAUUGAGUGAAAUGGAGAAGGCUCUUAACUUCUCUAUUGAGCGCCAGGAAUCAUUUGAUGGGAGAUUAAAGAAAGUUGAAGAAAAUAUGACACAAGCCAGCGAUAUUAAUGCCCAGGUUCAGGCGCUUGAGCUCAAAUUGGCAUUAAUGGAACAGCAGGCCAGGCAAUGCAACAUAGAAAUCUCGAAUCUACCUGAGAGACGUAAUGAAAAUCUUAUUGGUGUACUAAACAGUUUGGGUAAUUACAUCAAGCAGCCAAUUAAUCCUGUAGACAUUGUGUCAGUACACCGAGUGCCCCAUGCGGAUCCCAGCAGUCGACGACCAAAAAAUGUAGUGGUUAAAUUAUCCAAUAGAAUUUUGAGAGAUAAUAUAAUAUCAGCUUGUCGGGCAGUGAAAGGAUUGGAUACACUUAAGCUUGCUUUACCGGGGGCAUCCACCUCAAUUUAUAUAAACGAACAUCUUACCCUACGCGGUAAAUUAUUAUUUCGUCAGUGCAGAGAAGUGGCAAAAAAGCUGGAUUACCGCUAUGUUUGGGUCAAGCAUGGGACCAUACUGGUUAGGAAGAUGGAUACAUCUCCGGUUCUUGCCAUCCGAUCUACCCAGGAUAUCGCCAAAAUCAAAUGAUGCUCAUACGGAUUUCCAGUUGCGUACCGUUCGAGGUUAUGUAUAUUAUGUCAGUGUGCGUGUUUGCCUGUAUCGGAUGACCCUUGAUAUCAAUAGAUUACAUUCAUUACAAACACUGAGUAAUAUUAAUAAUAAACUGUACAACUUCUGUUAUUAUUAUUUUUUGAAAAAUAAUACCGAGAAUUGUAACAACAUUAAUUGUGUUACACUAGUUAAUUAUAAAAAAUGU